AUGGGAUUGGGCAAUUUUUGGCUUGAAAGGAAUAUUACUAACAAACAUUUAGUCAGGAGUUCAAACUUUGCUGAAGAUCGUACACAAAGACUGAAGGAAGCCAAACUGGAUGCUGCCAAAGAUAUCAAGGAGUAUAAGCAAAAGAAAGAAAAAGAACUAAAGGAACAUGAGGCCCAAUUUUCGGGAUCAAACGAUGACUUGGAAAAGGCAGCUGAAUCAGAGGUUCAAACUGAAUUGGUGGAAAUUGACAAAAGUGCUGAAGCCAAGAAGGAGGAUGUGGUUAAAUUGCUCCUUGAUGCAAUCACCCAUCCCAAACCAGAACUUCACGUCAAUGCCAGAGCUUAG